CUUUCAUUCAACCCUCGGGAAUCCAACUAGUCACACAACAUGUCUGAAGCGGAUUCUGACGAAGCAAUUGAACAUCGAGUCUCAUUUAACUGCGAUGGAGUCCACUGUCAAGUGCUAUUCCAGCGAAGGAGACCCAUGGAUCAGUCACGAGCACGUCAUCGCAGGACGCGAUGCUAUUGCCCCUGACGGGCAGGUCCUCCCUGACUGGCUGACAUGGCGAGAGUAUUCUACUCUGACCGAUGGAGUGGAAGUCAGGACAUGGUCGAUCGUUCGGCUGCCCCAGACAUAUUACGGUCCAAGCAUACCUCUCGGCCAAGGUUGGACUUUUGGUGGACUUUCCAGCCCUGUGUCUGCCGCUGCGCAACCAGCGACCGUCGUGACGGCAUCCAGUUCAGGCUCCAUUCCUCCAUCGCCUUCGGGCCCCAGCUCCAGCCCACCAUUCUAUACAUUCUCGGCAACCUCAAAGAGCCUCGAUGCUACCGCCACUCCCUCAACCUCGACUUCGAUCCUAGCUCCAACAGCCUCAGCAGGUUCCUCCCUGCCUGUUUCCACGACAUCUCCUGCCAGCAUCCUCUCGCCUCAGUUCCCAUCCACGCGCCAGGUCCAAUCGGACACAUCCUCCUCUCCUGACCCCUCGAGCGCUGCCCAGGCAUCGAGGGAGACUGACAUUCCUCUGCUCCCGGCACUCCUCGUUCCGCUCCUGGCACUUCUCCUAAUUAGCGUAGGGGCUCUGUGGUACUUUGGAAGACGUCGGCAAGCUUUGAACAGCCAACCCCGACUCAAUCAACCGGGAUGGCUUCCAGCCUACUGGAGGAAAGAGGGACGGCAUCGCUACGAGAAGACAGUGGAGAAGCCUGAACCUUCCUAUGCGCCAGAUGGGCCUGCUGAACCCGAUGGACAGGGAGACACGCAAUCGCAGCCCACAUUUUAUGGUCCAGCCCCACCGCCACUGUCGCCAGUCCCAACGGAGCGAUCUGCUCUAUUAGCCGAGUUCACUCCUCAUCAUCAUCGCCAGCAUUCCCUCACCCCUUCAUCGCGGCGAGUGCACGACGACGAGCUCGCCGAGCUUGUCGCUCAAAAUCAUACACUCCUGGAACGGCUUACCCUCGGCCUCGGUCUGUCAUCCUCUCGCUCCUCCAGCCGGUGUGGCAGACCAGGCCGAGCCACAAGCGGAAAUACGGUCGAACGGCUUGGCAGUGCGGCAUAUCGACAGCUAGGUGACGGACCUCCGGUCGUCCAGACGCAAAAGUCGGUGAAUCGUACGAGUCAGUCACAAUCCGGUUCCGCUACGGGCAGCGGUAGUGGCAAUGGUGCUCAAGCCGACACCAGCGGUACAACAUCAGGGCCAAAUCCUCCUUCAGCGGGCUUCAGCGACAGGCUACUGUCCUUCCGGGUACCCGCGUCGUCGAAUUCGUCCCGUGGCUCCUAUAGACGAGGAGGGUCGACUAGCUCGAGAGCGAGUAGCGGUGGUACGCGAUCGACCGGUGACCUUGAUGGCGGAUGGUUUGCCAGUCGAUACGGACAAACACGGAUCGCGGGGGAGGCUACAGCGCCUGCUGGUCGGUUCGGAGAUCCCUCGACGUGGCCUUCCGCCAUCCAGGAAGACGACACGGGAGAUACUCCUAAUGAUCAGCCGCCUGCGCGUACCAACACGUCCUGGAUCUCCUCUAGUCGACUGGGAUUUCCUCAGCCUCCUCCUCGCGACGAGCAAAAGGCUCAUCACGCUGCCAAAGUUCUUCAACGCGGAAAGAGGGGAUACAGUCACGCCCCAUUGUCCGCUUUCGGAUCCAUGUCCCCCACGCCGCCCGCGUCGCUCGAGUCUGCCGAGCCACAUACAGGCUCAAAUCGACCAACAUCGGCGUCACGUUCAGCUCUGAGCCCCAUGAACGAUCUCUUCGUCACUACGCCGCCCGGCAGCGCUGGAUCUGCGGACCGACCUCACAGUUUCAUCGGAGAGCCGAUUGUAGACGUACGCGGCCUGGCCCAUCAGACUUGCUCUAAUGGAGCAUUCGACGAAUUUGGCGGACCUACAAGAAAGGAUUCUCGCGAGACGAACAUCACAUCUGCGAAUUCGGAGAUUGGUCGGUCUGAAAACGCCUCGCUACAGUCAGGGUACAACUUGGACUCGCAUGGUGGGAGUCAAUCAUCGGGUCCAGAGGAGCAAGCUGCGCAGGGUCAGGCACUGCAUGGAAGGCGGAGUCGGCCCUGGCUUCUAAGCCCUCGUGAUGCCGAUGGACAUCAAAAUCAAGCGUAGCUGAGAGCACGGUUAGUGGUGCAUCGACACGGCUGGCUUGGGCGACCAGCAGGUAGGAGAUCGGCGUGGACCAGUCGUACCUCAAAGGGUGCAAACAUAGAAUCGUGUACAUCGUCAGAGGACUGUAUAUACAUCAUCAUAUCAUGGAGCUCUCGAGAGAAAGUCAGGC